CACUCCCCCUUUUUCACUUUCCCCAACUAUCUCCAUCUCUUCAUCAAAUCCCCACACAAAAUCUAGGGUUACGACGCCAUCCCCUAAGAAGCUUCCUGCUCCUGUCUCGUUGGGACUUAUGGUUAAAUCACCGCCUGCAACAACUAGGAGGCGUAAGAGGGCAGCAUCUAAACCUAAAUCAAAAGCAAAAUCAAGAUCAAAAUCAGCUAAUGCUGAUAGUCCGAGUGCUAGUAGCUACACUACAUCAUCUAGAAGUGAUUCUGGUGAUUCUUCUUCUUCUUCAGAUCAUCCUUCACCCGACACUGAAUCAGCUGGAAUGGAAACACCACAGAGUCCUUCCAGUAAAGUUGUUGAUGUCCCAAUUUCAUUUGAUCUAGCUGCUACCCCUGCUGAUACAGUGAAGAAGAGAAGGCGCACUGCUUCAUGGAAAAUUGGUGCUAAUGGUCGAAUGACAAUUGGUUCUUCUGCUAAUGAGGGGGAUAUGAGAAUGACUGCAUCUUGUGUUAAGACCAUUAGGAAUCUGGAUCCUUCAGUUGGAGGAAGUGGUACUGAAUUGAUGGUUAUAGAUGAACAUACUAGAGGCGGUUCAUUGGACCAAUUGGUGGGACGUGGGUGAUGUUCAAAAGGUGGAUAAUAUGGUCACAGUAGGAAGAGGAAGGAACGGACGAUGACAAAUUAGGUUUUGUCAAAUCGACUUCAACAAUAAGUUGAGUGUAAAGGA